GGCAGAUGAAAGACAGUGUGGGACAAAGUCAACCUGUCACAGGGCAAAUAACAUAUUGUGUCGAAUAAAGUGUUUGAAAAUGGUAAAGUUAUCAAUUUUUCGGCCAAUUUAUUACGGAAAAUUUUUGGAACUAUUUGCUAUUUGUCAAGUUUACUCCUCAACCCAGAAUGGGACGACGAUUUUGAACAUUGCCAUCAUAGGAGCCGGAGCAUCGGGCAUUACUAGUGCAAAAUAUGCACUUGACCAGGGAUAUAAUGUGACGGUUUACGAGCAUACUGAACAGAUUGGAGGAAUUUGGUGGUAUACCGACGAAACGGACAAAGAUCAAUACGGCAAUAACAUUCAUUCGCCAAUGUAUCAAGGUUUAAGAACAAAUUUACCGUAUCAACUGAUGGAGUUUCCCGAUUUCCCUUACCCAAAAGAGACCAUUUCGUAUCCAUCGCAGCCAGUUGUGUUGAAUUAUCUUCAAUCAUAUGCCGAAAGAUUCGAUAUAAAAAAUCACAUCAAAUUCAGCCAUUUAAUCAUUCGAGUUCUUCCAAUCGAAAAUGGUAAAUGGCAAGUGAUUGUCAAGGAUUUGCCCAAUGACAAAUUCAUAACGUUGAUUUAUGAUGUCGUUUUCGUGUGCACUGGUCGAUUCUCUUCCCUCCGCUAUCCAAGCAUUCCAAACGAAUUCCAAGGCAAAUCGCUUCAUAGUCAUGAUUAUCGUACGGCGGAAACAUUUCGUGAUGAAAGUGUCCUCUUAAUCGGAAGCGGAGCUAGUGGACUGGAUAUGGUGAAUCACCUCUCGAAAACUGCCCAGCGAAUCACCUUCAGUCAGAAUAAGCGUCAAAAUGAAACGAAAGAGGAACACGAAAAACGUCAACGUUCAUUGCCAAGAAAUGUUUUGCUACAAGACAAUGUCAAAAGUUUAACACCAACUGGAGCUGAAUUUAUCGAUGGUUCACACCAAAAUUUCUCCGUAGUAAUUUUUGCAACAGGAUACAAUUUUUCAUAUCCGUUUCUAAGUGUUAACACUGGAAUAAACGUUAACGAAAAUUGUGUUACGCCGCUUUACAAGCAAAUUUUCAACAUUGAACAUCCAACAAUGGCGUUCAUUGGCGUACCAUUCACUGCUUGCACCAUUCGAGUGUAUGAUAUUCAGAUGCGAUUCGUGAUAAAAUUCCUUUCUGGAGAAAAGAUACUGCCACCAAAAUCUGAAAUGCUGAAGGACAUGCAGACACAACUGCAAAAUCACUAUAAAAAGGGUUAUCGCAAGCGACUUACCCAUUUUCUGGGCCCGGAGCAGAAAGAGUAUUUCGAUCAAUUGGCAGAAAUGGCUGAUAUAGAAAAUAUCCCCGAAGUCAUGUCUGACAUGCAUUUCAUUGCACGCACCACAAUGUUACGAGAACCGGCACAAUACCAACGGUACUCAAUGAAGCAGCGGACUUGUCGGCACACUCGUGGAUUUAGCAUUUCACUUGCUUUGGCGAUUCGUGAGUUGCUGAAGCAUCAUAUAUGCAGUGCACUCGAUAUUUAACGUGAAAACCUAUAUUCGAUACAUCGAAGUUGGCCGAGGUAU